CUUCUACGGGUGGUCCACCAGCGGUGGUUCGGACCGGUGCAGGAUAGUGGUACCCAUUGUCCUUCACCCGCUAGCGCGCCGCUCCGGUACGGGCUGCGAUUAGGUGUGAAUCGUUGCGACGAUGCUGAAAGAAAAUAUAAAACCAUAUACGAGCACGAGAGCGUGAUGCAAUGAUCGGAAAGACAAUGGUUGAAGUCAGGAUAGGAGUAUUAACUAAAUAACCGCGUGGGUAGUGUAAUAUCCGGGUGGGUCUCACCAGGAUCCUCCUCAAGAAUUCCUUGAGAAUCGAACGAUUGCAGAUUCCCAACAAACUCCAACAGAUGUUGUCCUUAAUACUACGUCUCACGACGUGGCCAUUUCAUUAAUCAAUUCCCUAUUCCUGUUUUCAUUUUGUUGUACAAUCAUAAUCCCAAGAUCUAAUUCCGGCUGCAUAGUCAACCAUGGCUCACAUCGCCGAAAAACACCACCACGACAGCCCCACCGACAGCACCGAACAAUUCGAUGUCCCCAACCGGAGCUAUCGGGUGAUUAACCGCCCGUACGCCGGCCGUCUGGGUGGUAGCCAGAAAUUCACCAUCAGCGGGACGACUGCGGAAAGGCAAGACCUGUUGCAGAAAGUCCCCGAUGCGGCGCCAUAUCUGAGACUCCGAGAGGCGCUCAAUCUGAGACCAUUGCGCGAUGUCGAGUUGUGGAAGCAGGCGUUGAUUGAGGGGUAUGCGACGACGUUUUUCGUGUGGGCGACGGCAGUGCCGGGGCUAGUCACGAAGAAUAUUUUGGAUGGAGAGGACGAUACACCCUUACAAAAGAUGACGCUACACAUCAUUUCCCAUGUGACUCUCGCUCUCGUCGUGGCCCUCCUGGUGUACGCGACUGCGCCAAUAUCCGGUGGCCAUAUGAAUCCGAUGGUCACGAUUGGGACGUUCCUCAACGGCCUGACCAGUUUACCGCGAGCCAUUCUCUACGUGAUAGCUCAAUUAAUAGGAUCCACGAUAGCGGCUUACCUCAUUAAGGGGAUGUAUGGGAGGGAAUUGGAUCGCAGUCUGUGGGGUGGGUGCUGGGUCGAUUCGGACGUCGUCUCGCCGGGUCAAGCAUAUCUCCUUGAAGCGGUAGCCAGCACGUUCCUAAUGUAUCUCCUCUAUCGUACCGCGUUAGACCCGCAUUACAAGCACGAUUACGGCUCAGCAACUGGAAUUGUUCUUGUAGCGUUAUCUUUCACUACCGUUUCAUUUUUGUCUUGGUCGAUUAUCCCUGGAACACAUGGAGGAGCAUGUGCUUUGGUCUUAUGGCUGUGA